AUGUCGAGCACGACUACCAAGAUUGGCCAUGGCCUGGCCAAGGGACUCGGCAUCAAGAUUCCCUACCGGGAUCCUCUGGGCUCAGAAGCUGAUCCCGUCACUCGGGGAGAAUCCGUCUUCACCACUGGCACUGCAGAGACCUACAUCGAACCCGAGCCUACUGUAACUGGCUGGAUUCGAGAGCAGAUCCCAACUUGGAACGACGUUUUCAACUAUGUUAUUGCUCUUUUCCCGUUCUUGAAAUGGAUCACACGAUACAACAUGCAGUGGUUUAUUGGAGACUUGGUUGCUGGCAUCACUGUCGGCGCCGUGGUUGUUCCUCAGGGAAUGUCCUACGCUCAAUUGGCCGAUUUACCCGUUGAGUACGGUCUCUACUCCUCAUUCAUGGGGGUAUUGAUCUACUGGUUCUUUGCUACUUCCAAAGAUAUCACUAUAGGUCCUGUCGCUGUCAUGUCGACCCUGACUGGAAAUGUCAUUAUCUCAGUGCAGAAAGAACAUCCAGAAAUCCCCGGUCCAGUCAUUGCUUCGGCGUUGGCUAUCAUAGCCGGGGCUAUCAUCACCUUUAUCGGGCUGAUCCGAUGGGGUUGGAUCGUCGAGUUCAUUCCGUUGACUGCAAUUACCGCCUUCAUGACCGGCUCCGCCUUGAACAUCGCAUCCGGUCAAAUCAAAAACUUGAUGGGAGAAAAGGACAAAUUCAACACAAGAGGUGCCACCUACAUGAACAUUAUUAACUCGUUAAAACAUCUUCCCUCGACUCAAUUGGAUGCCGCUCUGGGAUUGACGGCUCUUGUCAUGCUGUAUGGUAUUCGGUCUGCGUGCAACUACGGUGCGAGGAAGAGGCCACACAAAGCCAAGAUGUUCUUCUUCAUCUCGACACUUCGGACAGCGUUUGUCAUCUUGUUCUACACUAUGAUCAGUGCUGCAACCAACAUUCAUCGCCGCAAACAUCCUGCUUUCAGUGUCCUCGGCAACGUUCCUCGUGGUUUCAAACACGCUGCCGUUCCGACAAUUGACACUUCCAUCAUCAAGGCUUUUGUCAGCUACCUUCCAUCUGCGGUUAUUGUCCUUUUAAUCGAACACAUUUCGAUUUCCAAGUCAUUCGGUCGUGUGAACAACUACACAAUUGAUCCUUCCCAGGAAAUGGUUGCUAUUGGUGUCACCAACCUGCUCGGACCUUUCCUUGGCGCCUACCCUGCGACUGGUUCUUUCUCCCGUACUGCUAUCAAGUCAAAGGCUGGUGUCCGCACUCCUCUAGCUGGUCUUAUCACUGCCAUUGUGGUGCUGCUUGCCAUCUAUGCUCUCCCUCCACUCUUUUGGUACAUCCCACAGGCCGCCCUUUCAGCCGUUAUCAUCCACGCUGUCGGAGAUUUGAUUACUCCUCCUAAUGUUGUCUACCAGUUUUGGCUGGUUUCUCCUUUGGAGGUUGUCGUCUUCUUUGCCGGUGUUUUCGUCACUGUGUUCUCCAGUAUUGAGAAUGGUGUCUAUACUACUAUCUGCAUGUCCGUUUUCUUGCUACUGUGGCGUCUCGUCAAAGCGCGUGGAGACUUUUUGGGUAAAGUCAGAGUGCACUCAGUCAUUGGCGACCACUUGAUCGAUGAGCAGGGCAAAUAUGGACCGUUGGGCUCUACUCCCGAGCAGACCGUAGCCGACGACGAUGUGAAUGAUACCUACCGCAAUGUCUAUCUGCCAGUUACGCAUGGUGAUGGAUCCAACCCACGAAUUUCUGUCCAACAUCCUUACCCAGGAGUGUUUAUCUAUCGAUUCUCGGAAGGAUUCGUCUACCCGAACGCAAACAGUGAGACCGACUAUCUUGUCUCGGUCAUCUUCAAGGAGACUCGUCGCACGAAUCUCGAAAGCUAUCCCACUCUUGGUGACCGUCCUUGGAACGACCCUGGUCCUCGACGAGGAAAGCCUGCCAAAGACACCAGUGAUUUGCCAACACUGCGUGCUAUUAUCUUGGACUUUUCUAGCGUUGAUCAUGUCGAUGUUACAUCUAUUCAGAACCUCAUUGACGUCCGCAACCAGUUGGAUCUGUACGCAAACCCUGAACCGGUUCAAUGGCACUUUGCCAAUAUCAACAACCGCUGGACCAAGCGCGCUCUUACGUCUGCUGGAUUUGGUUACCCAACCCCAACAUCUCCCGAUGGGUUCAAACGCUGGAAACCUAUUUUCAGCGUUGCUGAAAUUGGUGGCAGGAGCUCUGCCGCUGCCGUUGCUGAACGUGAACGGCUCAACAGCCACGCCAAGGUCGACGACCUGGAAGAAGGUCGUCCUAAAUCUGCUACAGUGCGCGAACGAAACGACACCGAGAUUAGCAGCAACGAAGGCGAUGACUACAUCAAGCAACUUGACACUACGACGGCAUACCAAGCCAAGCGAAACAACAUCGCUCUGGUAUCGGGUCUGAACCGACCAUUCAUCCACAUUGACGUCACGAGUGCUGUACACAGCGCUAUUUCCAAUAUUGAAGAACAUGGCUCUGCGAAAUUUAUUGAGGAGUAGACUGUCUUAUGUAGAUAGAGGGCAUUUAAUUUCGGGUUUGAUUUAUUUUGUGGUUUGGUUCAUAGCA